UGAAACGAGGAAGGAUUGUAAAUUUUCACGUAAAAUCUUUUCGAAUACACAGCCAGACAAAUCACCAGCAAUAGAAAUAGUUUGACCAAAUUCUGUAACCGACAUGGCUGCGGUGGACGAGUUCAAUAGCUGGCUCAGCUCCAAGCUGCGAGCUUCGAAGGCGGAUGUUAGCGUAUUCGGAUCGUACAUUACCGGUAUCCUGGAAGGAGACGAAAACAACGAGGAAAAAGUGGAAGCUUUGGAGGGCAUCCUUAGCGCAAUCAUUGAAACAGAUCUGGAACCGUUCAUCAAAGAGAUCCUCGACAAGUGGAUGACUUGUCACAGUCAAGGGGCAGAAGCCGCCAAGCCCUCGCUCGACGUCGAAGUACAGCUAGCCAAAUUGCUGGAAGGACAAAAAUUAGCUACAAAAGUGGAACGCGAAUACACCGAAGAGGAACGACGAAUUAAGGAACAGAUCCUGUCGCAGUACAGCCAGCUCUCUGAAAGUGAACACGACGAGGAGGACGAAGAAGGGGCCACCAGUUCCGACCCGAAGCUGGUGAAAAAUACUAACUUUUCCGAUGUGCAAGCACUGGCGCGGGAAAAACGGGAGCAGGCCAAACUAGAAAAUCAGCUGAAAAAGGAAAAGGAUAAACAGGACCGAGAAAAGCAGCGGCAGCUCCGCGAGGAAAAGAAAGAGAAGCGCAAAACCGUCAAAGGCGAACGACGCCGGUAGCGCCUGAUCGGUGUGCGUAGGAAUCCAAUCAGUUCCUUUUGCGGCACGCACGGCCAACGGGAACUGUUGUGUUGUUUCGCCCUCGAAACAUCCAUGCGAUUUGCAAUACGAAGUGAGAGCUAGUAGAAGUGCGAAUAAUCCCCACGUUGUUCAAAGCUGCAACAAUCCAUCCUACGAAUAAACGCACAGCUAAGCGGUGCAUGUAAAAUAUAG